UCUUCGACGAAGCAAUGUCGAUAUCGAUGUCGAUGUCGAUAUGAUGUUACCGUACACUUUCACUUUUUUUAUUAUCACUUUCUUCUUUAAGCACUGUUAAACUCCUCAUGAUAUGUGAAACGCGCGCGUAAAGUUCGGCAUGAGAGUUCGUCGUUACCGUUAAAAAAAACCACACAUGUAUAUAUAGUAACACACGAAUAGUUCGAUCGGAAUUUAUCUUUUUUAAAAAGCUUUAUCUCAUUAUACCAAUUUAACAAUGAAUUCAUUAUUAAUAUAUAUAGACGGAAAGAGAUAAGCAAAAUAUUGAUUAGCAUUAUCCACGAUACGAUCGUCCACGCGAAACCGGUAGUAGACAUGUUAUUCGUGUUUCGAUUAUCGAAACGAACCCUCGCAAAUUCGAUAAUCGUAUUUUCUAGGGAUCGAAGAGAAUUGGCGUAUAUACAUGUGUGCGAGUGUGUGUGUAUAUAUAUAUAUGUAUAUGUCAUAUAAUAUAUGAAUACAAAUAAUGAGGAUCAUGAUAACGAAAUAUUAAUGUAAUGUGUUAAUAAAAUAAAUAAAUAAAUAAAUAAUUGUACAUAAAAUUUGUUAAUCUGUGACUGUCAUUUGUUUAAUAUUUCAUAUUUGAAAGAAAUUAAUAGAUAUUGGAAAAUAUACAGUAUUCAGAAAAAAAAAUGAUAAAUGCAUUGAAUAUAGUCUGAAAUAAAUAAUUAAUGAUAAUAAAUAUGUAGAAUGUAACGUCAUAGAUGUCUGAACAUAACCUCCGCAAUGAUGUCCGAGGUUGAUGUUUUUGUUAGUAAUUAUACUCUCGUUGAUCCUGAAAUUUAUCAACUUUGGGUUGAUGGGCACUCUUGUAAGUCUUUUAUUUAUUAUAUUUGUAUUAUACGUACCGAUGUUUUCAAAUACUUUACCAAUAUUUCUUUAACAGCCAGUGAUGCAGUUAAUAUUUUACAACAGCGUGGAAUUUGUAUGCAAACUAAUGCUCCUCUAGAUUUAGUUGCUUCCGAUGUUCUUGAUCAUUAUCGUACAUAUGCUUUGUUGGAAAAAUUACUUCAUACUCCUACAAAACUCGCUACCGAACAACUGGCAUUUCAAAUAGAACCUCAAACUAGUCAAAUGCUUAUUGAAAUGUAUUAUGAAUUUGAUGACAUUGUUGUUCGAGAACUACUAGGAAAAAAGUUAACAUCAAAAAGUAGAAAAGACAUGGAUGAAGUAUCUGAAAAGACUGGAGUUACUUUAAAAAGCUGUCGUAGACAGUAUGAUAAUGUCAAAAGAGUUUUCAAAGUCGUUGAAGAUUUACCUGGCUCUCUAGUUACUAAUAUCAGACAACAUUUUCUACUUUCUGAAGAUCUUGCUAAACGUUAUGCAGCAGUAGUAUUCAUAGCUUGUCUCAGAUUUGAAAUGAGCAAAAGGAAAUUGCAAUUUCUAACAUUUCCUGAUUUGUAUCAUUGUGCAAAUAGUAUGAUGGCAGCAUGGACUUAUCGAUGUGUUGGAUCAGAAUAUUUUGAUACAGAUCUCGACAGAGAAUUCUUGGUAGAACUUGCAGAAUGUAGAGUACUAUUAGAAAAUGAUAAACAUCACAAACACUUGGUGUGUAUCAAACUUAAACCCAUGUUACUCGAACGUUCAUAUCAAGAGGUUGAUACAAAUUUCCGUUCUUACUCAAGAGCUAUCUUAGGAAUAGGCUGUAAUCUGCAUAGAUCUAGAGAAUUAAGAUUUUUCUUUUUAGAAUUAGUUGAAAGGUGCAUAGAACCAUGGAAGCAAGUUAAUUGGUCACAUACUGAUCUUAGAAAUUUUUUAUCUGUGUAUACGCAGUGUGCAUUAGAUAUGGAUGUGUUAAGAGAAAUUGAAAUUAGAGAUGCAUUUGAACGCUACAUGACAGUCGUAACAUGUUGCUUAUUACGUAUGUACCACACAUGACUAACAACCAACACUGAAAUAACAAACAAAAUAAAUGUGAUAAAUAUUUAAACAUGUAAAAAAUACAGAAGCGAAAGACAAAUUAGUGAUAUGUAUAUAACAAUUUAUUACUUCUUUGUAAUAAAUAAGCAAAUGCAGCAUGUUAAUGUGGUUUUAUAUCAAUGGUUUACAAGAGUUUGGUAUAUUUAUGUGUUAUAGCCAAACUCAUUAAGUAAAGGCAAUUUGCAAUUUCAAAUAUGGCAGUAUAUUCGUAUUUCUCAUAUUUACAAACAUAUUAUAUAAUAAAGAUUUUCAGAUAAUACUUCCACAUGUAAAAAAGAGAUAAAAAGAAACUGCAAAGCAUAAUUUAAAUAUAAUAGCACAAUUUAGCAUUGAAGAAUAUAUAUUAUUCAAUAAAUAAUAUAUUAUCCUACAAUUGAUUUUAUAAAUAUUUAAUAUGUGAUUGUAUUUUUCAAGAAUAUAUUAUUAUGUGUAUAUCGUU